CGAGAAGCUAAAGAAUCCGAUAUUGAAGCGAUUAGCGAAAUUGCUCUGUUAUCGAUGUCGUUGGAUCCAGCGUGGACUUACCGGUAUCAAUUUGCUAAGAUCUACCCUAUAGAGCAUAAAGAAAAUACCCGCAACCGAUACGACAAGUAUUUGGCAGAUCAAAGAGAGGGCAGGUUCUGUAUUGUCGUAGCCGAACUACUGUUGCACAUUAAGGACGAAACUAUUACAAAAGUAAUUGCAUUCGCAAUAUGGCAACUUCCAAGAACCCUCUUAAAGGCCAUUGACGAGGCGAAGCCAAAUAUAAUAGAGCCCACUUCUGAUUACCUCGAUCGAAAGGAUGUUAGCCCAGCCAGGAUGAAAGCUUUUCGAGCAUAUCGCAAAGUCAAAUUACACUGGUUCGAUGAGAAGUACGGUGAAAAGCAAUGGAGCUUAAUGACCUUAGCGACUCAUCCCGACUAUGGAAGGGGAGGUGUUGGAACAGCGCUUUGUUAUUGGGCUAUCCAGAGAGCUAUUUCUGAUAAAAUUGAGGCUGUGACUCUUUUUGCAAGCCCUCUUGGAAAGCUACUUUAUACGAAGUUAAAGUUUAUUGUGGUGGGAAUAGUGCGUAUUCAAGUUGAAGGCGAGGAGGAGUUUGUUGACCUUCCUGGUAUG